AUAAUCACCUGGGGCCAUUGUUAAAAAGUCACAUUCCCACACCUUUUCACAGUUCUGAAUCAAUCUCCUGAAUGGGAAUGUUUUCUUAGCAAACAAUCCAGGAAGGCCACAGGCACCAGGGCUCUACUGGCCUAAACCAUAGUUCUGUGCUGACUGAGAGGUUCUGAAAUUAGAAAAGAGGUCUAAAUCCUGCUUCCAGGUUUUUGUGAGGUGGAGAAAAGCAGAGUGACCUGGGAGAAGUGGUUAUCAACAACACAGCCGGUGACUUCUUCCCUGGGGGCAAGCUUCGCUGCUGAGUUGCUUGGAGGAGCUUGGAGAAGCAAGGCCCUGGAGUGCCAGGAGCCCUUCUCCCAAAGAUGGAGAAAUAAAUGAAGAUAUACAGCAUUAGGAGAAACACUGGCAGAGAUUCAAAGAAGCCACUAAAGCAGAAGAAUAUGAAUGGACUUGGUCAAAAUUCGGACAAUGGAUUAUUGGUUACACAUGUUAACCAGACACAGGACUUACUGAGGCUGCAGGGGAGCGAGACCCAGUCUUCAGAUUGGGAGGACACUGAAGACUGGCUUUCGGCUCACAGUUUGAAGUGUCAGAAACUCACCUUGGCUGACCUGAUAAGCCAGGGCACAGAAGUGCUGGAGGAGGGCACCAAUGUCGUGCAGAAAAUACGUUUCUCCACCCAGAUCAUCCGCCACUUUGAAUCAAAGCUUUCUGACACUAUUGAAGUCUAUCAAGAGAGAAUUCAGUGGCUCACAGAAAACAGCAAGAAGGCAUUUGGCCUCGUCAAAGGGGCCAGAGUCAGCGUCCUCAUAGAUGUGUCAGCCGUCAGCAGUGGCCCUCAGAAAGAGGAGUUCCAAAAGGACCUCAUGAGCCUCAUCGAUGAACAGCUGAGCCACAAGGAGAAGCUGUUUGUCCUGUCCUUUGGCACCAAUGCCAGGUCCCUCUGGCCAGACCCCAUGGAAGUCAGCGCCUCCACCCUCCAGGAACUUAAGCUCUGGGUAAAGACACUGCAGCCUGAUGGAGGCAGCAACCUGCUACAAGCUCUGAAGAAGAUCUUUACUCUCAAGGGCCUGGAUUCCCUGGUGGCCAUCAUGAGAAGCUGCCCAGAUCAGCCUUCUGAAAUCCUGUCUGACUACAUCCAGCAGUCCACCAUGGGAAGAAACCUCAUCAUCCACUUCAUCACCUACAGAUGCGAUGAUCAGAUGCCCCCUGCUGUCCUGAAGAACCUCGCAGAAGCUGUUAGGGGCUACUACCACUGCUACAGCCCAAAGAUGGAGCACUACACCAGCCGGGACAUGGAUGAGCUCCUGGCAGAAAUUCAGAAGGCCCAGAGCCUCCUCAGCCACAUGCAAGCCCUGCGGCACAGCAGCCCCUGUGAGGCGCUCACCUGCACCAUGGAGGAGAUUUCCACAGAGAUUACAAAUGGGCCACUCAUAAGCCUCUUGCCUAAACCCCCAAAGCAUGACUCUCCUCUCACCAUUGAGUUUCCAAACUUGGACAAGACUUCUGCAGAGUGGCUUAAGGUCAAUGGUCUGAAAGCCAAGAAAUUAAGUCUAUAUCAGGUCCUGGCACCCAACGCAUUCUCUCCUGUGGAAGAAUUUGUACCUAUUCUCCAGAAAACAGUAUCAUCGACUAUCCAUGAGAAGGCAAUGAUACAAUUUGAAUGGCACGACGGGACAGUGAAGAACAUUCAUGUGGACCCACCCUUCCUCUAUGAGUACCAGAAACAGCUCAGCAGAGCUAUGCGGAUGUACGAGAGGCGGAUCGAGUGGCUCUCCCUGGCCAGCAGAAGAAUCUGGGGCACUGUCUGUGAAAAAAGGGUGGUUGUACUGCUCGAUAUCUCUGCGACCAAUUCCAUGUACAUUAUUCAUAUCCAGCACUCCCUGCGGCUGCUGCUGGAGGAGCAGUUAUCCAACAAGGACUACUUCAACCUCAUCGCGUUUGGAAGCACAAUUGAAAGCUGGAGGCCUGAGAUGGUUCCUGUGAGUCACAACAAUUUACAAAGUGCCUGGCGGUGGGCCCUGAACCUGCGAUGUCGGGGCAGCAGGAACGUUCUCAGCGCCCUGCGGAAGGCUGUAGAAGUGGACUUCAAGGACAAAGACAAACACCAAUCGCAGGGAAUCUACCUCUUCACUGGGGGCAUCCCCGACCAGGACAUGCCUAUACUCAGCGCCUACAUGGCCGAGGCCUGUGGUGGCUGCGACCUCCAGCUGAACGUGUGUCUAUUCUACGUGGGCGAGCCAAAGAUGGACACCACACCCCCUGCCUGCUAUGCCAAUCGCACUGACACGGCCGCUGCCUACAAGGAGGUUACCCGGGCUGCAGGUGGCCGCUUCCACUGGUUUGGAGACACAGGCAUUUAUGAGAGCGAUGACAUCAACUCCAUCAUGUCUGAGAUGGAAAAGGCUCUCAACUACUCCCAAAAGUGUGCCUUCCUCAUGGCCUCCCUGAAGAACCGUUCAGGAAAAGUACUGGGAAAUGCAGCCCUCCCAAAAGAAAAACCAAAGACACUUCAGCUAAGAAGUCAGCCCAAGAAGCUCUGCCCUGCCAGGCCCACCGUCCCCCUGGGGGCCAGAAUGAGCAUUAAAGAUGACCAUGACAUAGAGAAGAGCCCCCUGCUGAAAUCUCUGAAAUGGCAUCCACUCAGUAGCAGAGUUGGCAUCUCACCAGCUGCGGCCCAGCCAAUGAAAGAAGCGUUGAUGGAACUGAGGAGGAAGACCAAGACAAGGGAAGCAGAGACAUCUCUUUCACUGUUCUACACAGAGAAAGGGAAUAACGUGGGCUCGGUGUACAAGAAGUACCCUCAAGGAAGGGGCUUGAGAAGGACUAGCUCUUCUAUUGACUUACCCAGAAAGGAUACAGUUUGCUCAAGCCAAGAGUGGGUGGCAAAAUAUGGGCUCAAAAAAUUGAAGCUGGAGAUUUCCAGAUGCAUGGGUCCCAACUGCACUCAUCAAAAGUCAGGACAGAGGUCAGCAUCAGCCAAACACUGCAGCAUCUUCCCCAGCAUUGAGAUCCAUGGAGUGGUGAGACACAUCCAGUGGACGCCCAGGGAGAUGGAGGUGUACAUCAGGCACUUGGAGAAGGUGUUAAGGCGCUAUGUCCAGAGGCUGCAGUGGCUGCUGUCCGGGAGCCGCCGACUGUUUGGCGCCGUUUUGGAGAGAAAAGUAUGCAUUUUGCUGGACACGUCAGGGUCCAUGGGCCCCUACCUGCAGCAGGUGAAGACAGAGCUGGUUUUGCUGAUUUGGGAACAGCUGCGGAAGUGCUGUGACAGUUUUAACCUGCUCAGCUUUGCAGAGAGCCUUCACUCGUGGCAGGACACGCUGGUGGAGACCACAGAUGCAGCGUGUCAUGAGGCUAUGCAAUGGGUGACCCACCUGCAAGCUCAGGGCAGCACCUCCAUCUUGCAAGCAUUGCUGAAAGCUUUCAGUUUCCAUGAUCUGGAAGGAUUGUACCUCCUGACCGACGGAAAGCCAGACACAAGCUGCAGCCUUGUCCUAAAUGAAGUCCAAAAACUCAGGGAGAAAAGAGAUGUGAAAGUGCACACCAUUUCCCUGAACUGCUCAGACAGAGCGGCAGUUGAAUUCCUGAGAAAGCUGGCUUCCUUCACCAGCGGACGCUAUCACUGCCCUGUGGGUGAGGACACACUCUCCAAAAUUCGCAGCCUGCUGACCAAAGUCUUCAUCAAUGAAAAGGAUCCCACGCUGCCACCAUUUGAAGGAGAUGAUUUAAGGAUCCUGGCCCAGGAGAUCACCAAGGCCAGAGGCUUCCUCUGGCAGGCCCAAUCCUUCAGAUCCCAACUCCAGAAGAAAAAUGAUGCAGAACCAAAGGUCACUCUUUCCUAGAGAAGUGUUCUCAGAAAUGUCAUCCUGCAAAGGACCACUCACUGAGCAAAUCUCAGCCCUGAGGGCAGGAUGGGAUGGAAUGCUGUAACCCACAGGAAACAUGAUUCCUGGUACC